UUCGUACUUACCCGAUAAAAACACAAUUCUAUAAUUAUCAUAGAGACAACAACAAAUCUAGUUAUUAAAAAGGAGCCUAAAAGUAUUUUGAUCCGUGCAUUAAUUAUUGGGAGUUCAUUAGUUCAUUAUAGAGGGUCAGUCAGUCACAUUUAAACGCCCGAUGGAAACGCGUGCGUGUUACUGUCGCUUAUUUUCAGUUAAAAAAAAACUUUAGGAAAAAACCUUAAAAAUGCAGUGCCUCUCGUGACUCUAAGUGUUGAUAAUGUUAUAAAAUAUGCAACUUAGCUUAUAAAUAAAGGCUUUAAAAUAACAGUAAUAAAGCGCACCCUGCCUACAAUAACAAAGAUAAGUGUUCAUAAAUUUUGUAAUAAACUGUGUAUUUACAUUGUCUUUGAUAAACGAACAGGAAAGAGGUAAUGAGUGCGUUGUGUAGAUAUUUCUCAAGAAAGUGUGUGUGAUAUUCUGUGACUGAAACUUGGAACGUAACAGUGUAAAUAAAAGUGCAAUAAAAUUAAAAAGUGUUUUUUAAAGUGCAAAACUAACAAAAAAUGACGAACGGAAACGGAAGCAGCCCCUCCCGCGCCAAAGUGAUUACGUCACAGGUGUACGCAUGUCUCGCCCUGAACUUUCUGCUGGUCGGGCUGGGCAUGUCCAUAAACUUCGUGACAAUGGUGCUGCCAGCAGUAAUGGACGCGCCAAAGGGGCUCUCCAUCACCAUGGAGCAGGCUUCGUGGUUUGGUUCCAUAGCGUUCCUCUGCCAACCUCUGGGCAGCAUAUUCUCCGGGCCUCUUAUGGACUACUUCGGGCGAAAGAAGUCUUUAUUCCUGGUGAACAUACCGCAUGUUAUAGCGUGGCUGCUGAUAUACUAUGCUUGGGACGUUCCAUCGUUGUUCAUUGGAAACGCGUUGCUCGGCAUCGGCACUGGGAUUAUGGAAGCACCUGCGAUCACAUACGUGGGUGAAGUGAGUGAACCGUCGGUUCGUGGCUUCUUGACGACACUCACGAACGGAUUUACAUCUACUGGGAUGUUCAUGGCAUACCUCCUUGGAUCAGUGCUGCCAUGGAGGUAUGCUGCUUUGGCCGCUCUAAGUAUACCCGUCAUCACUAUGGUCCUCGUCUUAUUUGUACCGGAAACCCCAGUAUGGCUGCUCUCCAAAGGGCGACAAAAAGAGGCUCUGCGGUCCCUCUGCCGACUUCGAGGUUGGGCUAAACCCGAAGAAGUAAAAGAGGAAUUCGACCAACUUGUUACCUAUAAUGAUAUAAUCCAGCAAUGCGUAAUUUGCGCCAAAGAAGGCAAAUCUGAUAUACGACCAUGCGAACACGACAGAACAAAUUUAUUAAGAAAAUCAGUUAUGAAGUUCAAACAUGUGUUUCUGGUCAAGGAGACUUUAAGGCCUUUCAUCUUAGUAAUGGCAUACUUCUUCUUCCACGCAAUGAGCGGAUUUUUACCAAUUAGACCAAACAUGGUUAACCUUUGUGGCGCUCUAGGAAUGAAAUAUGAUUCGAAGGCUAUUGUGCGCAAACUCAUCUUGGGAGCACUAUUCGCUACCAGCUGCUGCACUCUUGGCCUAAGUAUUUAUGCCGGGACGAAUCUACCACUGUCAGUAUUCUCCUACGAAGUCAACACCUUCCCUGAAGCGAAGAGCUUCACGCCAGUCCUGCUGUUUAUGUUGCUCGUCUGCUUCAAUAGCUUGGGAAUACCCUGGGUGGUACUGAGUCGCGGUGUCGCAACUGGCCUUGCUGCCGCUUUGAGUUACGUGAUCUUCUUCCUAUCUUCAAAAACCAACUACAACCUCGAGGCUAGUAUGCACCUUAGUGGUACAUUCGCCUUGUAUUCCGCCUUCGGUCUCGUUGGCACAAUAUACCUCUACUUCUUCAUGCCAGAAACCGAAUCUAAGUCAUUAGAAGAAAUAGAAGCCUUUUACAAAGGCGGGAGGAAGAUAUUCGCUGACGACUUCCUCAUAAAUUCCUUUAGAAAGAAACUCGGUACUAGUAAUGAACGUGCGAAUUUAUACUAGUCAAAUGUUACUUAAAUUUUUACAAUCGAGUAUUCAAACUUUUCCACAAAUUAAGAUAGUUACUAGUUCUAGUAUUAAGAUGACAUAAAAGUUGUCGAAUUUACGAGGAAACUUAUUGUUAAUAUAAUUUCUAGUUUUCCAGCGAAGAACACAAUAAAUAACAAAAAUUAAAUGAAUUCCAUUUAAAAUCCGUCCGUGUCGUAUAACCAGAGUCAAAAAUAACGCCUAUUUAACCACAUACAUAAAUUCUUACCGAAAAAAUAUAGAAUUAUCAGCAAGCAUUUAUUUCAAAUGUGAUACAUAAUUAAAUAAUAUAGUAUUUUGAAAACAAAAAAACAAAAAUAUUAUAAUGAAAUUAUUGUGAUAUCUGAUUGUAUUGUAAAAGUUAUGCAUCGAAUAUUUUGUUAAUGUUGUCAAAAUAUCAGUUGUUUCCUUACCACUGAUAUUUUACCAAUAAUAAAAUGUGCCUAUUCAAGUAGAUACUUUUAAAAUUAUUAACGUAAUGUAAAAAUGAAGAAUAAUUAUAGAAAUUAAUUUUUAUAUAGUGAAGAUAUUAUUGUUGUUAGCUGUUUAAAAAAUGAUAUCGAAUUACUACCUGCAAUUUUGACAUUUUGUAAAUGAAUUAUUUUAUAAAAGUAACAUUUAUCCUCGUGGUUGGCCACUAGGUCGGCUAGCAAAUUUUGCUUUGAUGGAUUUGUCUUGGUGUUUUUCUAUUUUAAAUUUAAUGAUUGUUACUUUUAUGAAAUUGCGUAAUUUAAAACAUUUUGAUAUAAAUCAUACAGACGUUUUCAUGUAUGUUUGAACAUAUUCAUGUAAAUUGAUUUUUUUAAAAUAUCAAGUUAAUUUAUAUUAAAUUGCUGUGUAAGUUCUACCUCGUUUGUACAAAGUAGAAGUAUACCUACCGUCGUAUUUGUAAAAAAGUAAAAGACAUUACUUCUGCUUAAGUAAUGAUUUGAGCUAAAUUUUUCCUUCAAUUUAAGAAAUUGAUCAACAAUUAGAAUAACUUACCAAGUAAUAGUCGCCAUUAUAGUCGCUAAAUAACUAUUUGUAUUAUUGAUAAUUAAUAAAUAAUGACUUAGUUACUUAGCAAUGAAGUAAUUACUUGUACUUGUUUAUAAAUUCGCGCGUAGAAUUAAAGUUUUAGAUCAUAAACGUUACUAUUAAGAGGUAAUUAAAUAAAUUGUUUUAUUGUUACAAAGAAUUUUACUCAACAAAUCCUAUACCAAUUCAAACUACAGUUAUAUUAGAUUCUUUACAGAAUCCUAAAGAAAUCUCUUGUUUCGCAAAUAGCAGUGGUUUGCCAGGUAAAAGAUCUAAAACAUCCCUUAUUAUUAUUACAUUUUGAAUUAUCUUGAUUUAUAUUAUUGUGUUUUAACUGUUCUUCUGUGUUUCGGUUACUUUAACAUUUGAUAAUUUAUGAAUCCUUUGAGUUGAUUCCGUAAAUUCGACUGAUUGCUGUUGUUGUCAUAUGUUUCCAGAAUAAAGUCUACAAAAAACCACAUAUAUUGUAAUUGAAAUUUCAAAAUAAUAAUUUUCAUAAAUGAAAGGUAAAUUAAAACUUACAGUUACUGGUGUGAAUCUCUUUAUUUCAAUAUUUAAUAUUUUUUUUACGGGUUCUAGGUACAGUCGUCUCCCAUGUGACGGGUCUCUGACAGUUAUCUGUUUUACAGAAAGUUGGAUACCACCAAGUUGUCUUUUUCAGAGUCAGGGGUUCCUCGUGGUAUGUUAAACCUACCCGAGAAGUCAUGUCAUCAGACUCCACAUCUGACGUCACAACUGUAGUAAUUGUGCUGCUAUCUAAAGUAACAGGAUAAGUAGAUGUUGUAGGAGCUUUUGUGGUUCUGCUAAUUGGGGAUUCAGUACUAGGAGUAACAUCAAUAUGUAUAAUUUUAGAGUCAUCCUUACUAUAAUCAAAUAUUAUAGUGGUUUCUUCAACGACAGUUGUUAAGUUCUGUAUUUUUAUAUGUUCAUAUACUGUACCUUGCAAAAUUACAACAAGUGGUGUUGUUUCUUUCGUGGUUUCCCACUUUUUGGGUCUAUCACAGCAUUUAUCCGUUUCAUUGGAGUGACUCGGCUCUGUAAUACAAUUUGCUUUUGUUGUCUCAUUCACAUAGGGAGUUAAAAGACCAGAGGUCAUGGAAACUUCGUUUUUGAUAAAAUUUGAAUUGACAUAGUUUACAUCGUUGUCGAGUUUUGUUGUCUCUUGAAUUGUUGUAAGUGUGGGGACAAAUAAUGUAACGUUUUCCAUAAACGUUUUAACAUUAAAUGGAUCUGUUUUUGCUGUCGUCUCUUGUACCAUUGUAGGUGUGAAGUCAGAUAAAGUAACGUUUUUCAUAAAUACUGUGGCAUUAAAUGGAUCCAUUUUUGUAGAAAUCGAUACUGGGGUACUACUGAAUGAAUCAGUUAACACCGAAGAUACUUUUGUUGUAAUAGGAUCAGUUUCUGUAUAAUUUGGAAAUGUAUUCAAAUUAUUAUCUUGGUCCAUAUAAACUAUCGAUGUAUCAACAUCAGUAGUUGUUUCCCAUGUCUGGGGCCGAUCACAACAUAAAGUACUCGUAAAAGUUAUAUUCUCGUAAUUUGCGACUACAGAAUUAAUGUCAAUAACGGGGAGUCGACUAGUUAUCGUUGUAUCGUUGUCAUAGGUUAUGGUAAUUUCAUCGCCCAUCUCCUGAGAGUAUUCUAUUGGUUUAGUACUAUUUGUGGGGGAAGUCGUACUCAUAGUAGUAGUUUUAACAUUAUUACUAGUUGUCAGUGGGAAAGGAGCAUCACUGGUUGUAGUAAAGGAAACGGUGUUAGGAAGUGUGGUAGUUUCGACGGCAGCUGUAGUUGUAACUGUCAAUUAAAACAAAUAGGUUACUGAUUCCAUAUGGCUACUUUACAUUAUGCCAGCAUUCGAGUCCAAAAUCCAGUCGAUCAAAUUGGCAUUCUUUCAUUCACUCUUUCGUUCACCCAUUCCAGUAUUUUUACAAAAAAGAUAUUCUAGCCUAGUCCACUAGAAUAGUUUUCUAUUGUUUUAUCCAGUAGCUAUCGCCACUGUCAAUUGUUUACACAAUACUCUACUGGAAUAUUAAUGGAAUGCAAUGAACGACAAUCUAGUAUCUAUCCAGUACACUGCAAGCGUGUGUGUGGUUUCCGCAUAGGUUUGUUCGUGUUGGGAUUACACUCGAUUUUGUU